UUCGACGCUACUUGAAAGGGUUAAAAGACGCUAAUAUUCUGUGGUCCGUCAUCAUAUGUGGGUGUGUGAGUGCUUGUCCACAUAUAACUCUGCCAUUUCACAGAUAUCGAACUAUUUGAGGGAAACGCUUUGGCUCAUCUUCUACGGAAAACCAUAAGUCACAGCGUUCACAUUUAUGACACAUUCACAGGAUGUGGACUUAUGGCCUCGUUGGCUUUCUCUUCUUCUUUGUCGCUCUGCAAACGGUUCAAAUCAAUGGGUUUGAGAAAGGUUACUGCAAAGUGUCCCUUCCUCAGUAUGUCACCCCGGCAUGUUCCAUAAAGAGAAAGGCGGGCCUCCACAAGCAGCAGAAAGAGUUUAAAUUGAACGCCCCUUCGGCUGCUAUGCCUUAUGCUCGCCUUGCAGUGUCCACGAGGGAAUAUCCAAAGUUCGUGAAGGACAAGCCGAUGCUUAGUAGCCAUCUAACAGAGUACGCUGCUAUGGUGGCAGCAGGGCGCAAGUUUCAAGAGCUCUACAAAGACAUGACUAAAGGCAGACCAGAGGAGAUGACUUACAGAGAUUUCUUGGAAUUGAACAAAUAUAUGCGCACUGCCUUGGAGAAAGCGUUUGGGCACAAGAUGCGCCUCCCAUCUGAGUACGAACCAUUCCAGAUGGACGUCACCAAAUACCUUUCGGACAAGUAUUUUACAGAGCAGCGACUUGCUGGAGCAAACCCACUUGGUCUGCAACAGGUCACUCUCUCGGAUGAAGUGGGACUUUCAUUCAGCAAUCUUAAAAAAAACCUCAACCCAAAUUUCAACUGGAAGAAGGCCGUGGGAGAAGCUCUUGGAAGAAGGAUAAACAACAACGAAAAACUGAAAGAGGUUAUCGAAAAAGGCCUGUUGUUUGCUCUUCGUUACCCACUUGCCGAUGACAUGGUAUUCAUGAAGGACAUCGUAGAUGACCAUGCUAAUCGCACCCUUUGGCCUUUCUAUUCUCCUAUCGCCCUCUUUGCAUCAGUGGAAGAGAAACCGCCGAAAAAUUGGUACUGGAAAAGGUGGGGAUGGAAAGGGAGCCACACCCUUAAGCCCGUGGCCAUACAGAUGGACUACAAACCAGAUUCUGCCGUUUUCACACCCAAAGACGGAGGAAAAUGGACCCUGGCUAAACUGAACGUGCAAGUGACCGAUGGCGGGUACAGCCAAAUGGUGGACCAUCUUAGCCACGCCCACUUAGUUGCCGAGGCUGUCUGCGUGAGCAUGGAGAGACACCUGUCCCACAAGCACCCUCUGUACCAGAUGCUAAAGUUUCACUGCCGGGGGGUCCUCACCGCCAAUGUUUUGGGUGCGCCCGCUCUUUUGGCACCCGGACAAUUCAUGCACACUUUAUACGCUUACGGAUGGAAAGGCGCAAGUAAGCUUGUCUCCGGCGCGGCAAAGAGCGAGGAUUGGAUAGCUCAGGGCUUUACCGAGGAUCUCAUAAACCGAGGCGUGGAUGAUCGUGGUACUUUACCGUACUACCCAUACAGAGACGAUGGCAAGAUUCUCAACAGGGCUCUCGAGCGCUUUACUAAGGAGUAUGUGCAAAUAUACUACAAAAAGAAGGAAGACGUCCUCGAGGAUAAAGAGCUACAAGCAUUUGCCAAGGAAAUAUCUGUUGAUGGGAACGGAAAGAUCCGUCGUUUCCCUACCUCCGUCAGGUCCGUGAUGCAAUUACGAUCGAUAAUCUCUCGGUUUCUGUGGAUAGUUAUCGGUCGCCAUACGGCAGUGAAUUAUCCACUGACUGAUUAUGUUUCGUACGUGCCGAACGCCCCGACAAAGUUGUACAACGACAGCCGAGCACCCGCUGACCGCUUCAGCCUGCUCAACCUACCGCUUCGGACUGUUUCUGAGACCCAGUGUGCCUUCACAUCUAGCCUAGGCACUUUUCGUUACGAUAGACUUCUUGACUACGCAUCAUUUCUAGAAGACCGCGCAGCCCGUCGCGUUGUAUACCGCAAUUUCUGCAGGCUCAACGAGCUGGUGGAACCGCUGCUCAUCAGAAUUAAUAACCGCAGGCUCAAAGAUGGUCACCUGGCCUACCCCUACUUUAUUCCGCGAUGGCUCCCAAAUGGCAUUCAGACAUGAACAGCGUAAAUUUGCAUUUAACAAAGUAAACUUACAUGCAACGGUUUAAAGCCGCAUCGUCACCAGUUUACUUCCGGUCGAUUACGUAACAAUCUCCGAUCAUUUUUAACGGAAAACGCGAAAAAUAUUUCAAAAUAUUGAAAGCAGUGUGUCUAUGGGAAGUUUCUUUGAGGUUAUGAUUGAUAAUUUAGAACGGAUAGCCUGUUAUAUAUCUCGGAUUGUAAUAGAUUUUGUCUUUUAACGGUUGAGGUUUCCGUCGGACCUCCGGAAGUAAACUAGUGACAAUGCGGCUUUAAGUGAGUUUGUUUGUAAUGGAAAUCAGAAGCUCUAGGCUUAACCAAGAACGCAUAUCUUAUGCUUUCUUGGCUUAACUCGUUGCUUCGCCAUUGAAGGUCGCUACUCUUCGGCUCAAAGUUAGCGUGGGCUGGAGCCUUUGGCACCCGAGUUGAUCUGCGUGAAAUAUAAAAUAAAUGUAAAAUCAAAACCCCGAA